AAGGCCUUAAAAGGGAGGCAAUGACUAUGGAGGGAAAGCAGUAUUCGCAACCUCAAAGUCUUCAUUCCUCCUCAUUCUGCUUGUAUUCAUCGAUCCUCUUUAUUGGCCAUUCCCUCAAAUCUCAUCAUGUCGAAGGCACUCAAAGAGUUUAAGAAUAUGAUGGUCCGGGAGGGCCAGGUGAGCAAGUUAUGGAAGACCCAUUCACCCGGAGCUCGCAUUGCGCCUCCCAAGAGCGGUAACAAAGAUAAGAAAUGGCAACUGCGCUUGGACGCGGGAGAAGUGAAGGAUGGUAAGAAAAGGGUCUACGUUCAAGUCAACUCAGAGGCCACCAACGAGUCACUCCAAAAGUGGAGGAAAAAGAACUCCAGCCACGGGAAUCUUGCUUUCGUGGACAUCAAUGUCAAUGAACCGAAAGAAAGGAUGUCAACCGCUUUUGAUGAGAUAUGGGAAGACGUCGAGAAGCAGGCGAAGGAUAACCUGGGUUGAUAGGUAUGAUCAAUUGAUACACCGCAGCAAUCGCAUCAAUCAAUCAUCAGACGCGUUAUUUCAGGCCUGCAAACGACC